AUGCAGUACAAGAACCUGGGCCGGUCGGGGCUGCGCGUCAGCCAGCUCUCGUACGGGGCCUGGGUCACCUUCGGCAACCAGCUGGACGUCAAGGAGGCCAAGGCGCUGCUGCAGGCGUGCCGCGACGCUGGCGUCAACUUCUUCGACAACGCCGAGGUCUACGCCAACGGCCGCGCCGAGGAGAUCAUGGGCCAGGCCAUCCGCGACCUCGGCUGGCGCCGCUCGGACGUCGUCAUCUCCACCAAGCUCUUCUGGGGCGGGCAGGGGCCCAACGACAAGGGCCCCUCACGGAAGCACAUCGUCGAGGGCCUCAAGGGCUCGCUCAAGCGCCUCGACAUGGUUGAUGUGAGAACCGCCCAAUUUAAUAUCAUUUUAAGCGAAACCGUCGGUCGUUAUCGUGAAGAUGAGAGUUAA